UCAAUCGGAAGAUGUAUCCACGGGAGGGUCAAAUGGAGAAGGAACGAAAAAUGAACCGUCCAAAGAAGAGGGAACAGGAGAAAAUGAUCAACAGCCAGCACCUCCAGGAGACGGAAACGGCGAACAACAAGUACCGGGUGAAACUGACGGAAAAGUCGAAGAAACCAAUGAGGCAGAGACAACAGCCCCGCCAGAAGAGGCAGCAGGAAAUGAAGACGGCGGUGAAGACAAAGGAGGGGAAGCCGUAGCGCAGCCACCAGGAUCACCAGAAGCAGAUGGAGGCGGAGAAACCGAAAAGAAAGAAGGUGAAGAGAAAGGAGAUGGCGAAGAAGAAAAAGAAGCAGAAGCCGUAGGACAAACACCAGAAUCACCAGAAGCAGAUG